AUGUCGUCCAACAUUGUACCAUUACCAUGCGGGUCCAACUCACCUCAAUACUCCAGCAAGCUUUCCGAGACAGACACAGCGGCUCAGAAGCAACCUCAAUUGCCUACAAAGCAUGAUCGAGGCUGGCGCCGCGUCGUCCGUAACUUCACGCCCUCAUGGUUCUCAAUCACUAUGGGGACGGGCAUCGUGUCCAUCCUCCUUCACAAUCUUCCGUACAAUGGAAUAUGGCUGUACUGGAUCUCUGUCGCCAUAUUCUGCCUGAACGUGCUCCUCUUUACAACAGGGUGCAUGCUCAGUCUGUUGCGGUACGUGUUAUACCCGGAGAUCUUCCGGGUGAUGAUCACCCACUCCGUGCAGUCGAUGUUCAUCGGGACAUUCCCGAUGGGCCUGACCACCAUAAUCAACAUGUUUGUCUUUGUCUGCGUACCGGUUUGGGGUGUGUGGGUACGGUACUUCGCGUGGGCUUUGUGGAUCAUUGAUGCAGUAAUAUCCGUGAUGACGGCACUUUCGCUGCCAUUCUUGCUCAUGGCUAAGGGUAGCGAGACACAUCUGUCCUCGAUGACUGCGGUCUGGCUUCUCCCUAUCGUCAGCUGCAUUGUCGCUGCAUCUUCCGGGGCUAUUGUGGCCGAUAUUCUCCCCAACCCACAGUACGCCUUGUGGACAGUUCUCGCAAGUUAUGUGCUCUGGGGCAUCGGCCUCCCGCUCGCGCUCAUGGUCAUGGUGAUCUACCUGCAGCGCCUAACCCUGCAUAAGCUACCGCCGAAAGCGGUGAUUGUCAGCGUUUUCUUGCCACUAGGCCCACUCGGUCAAGGCGGAUAUGGGGCGAUGAAGCUCGGCCAGUGUGCUCGGGACAUCUUCCCGCAGACGCAGACACUCGAGCAAGGGUCGGGAUCGACGUUUUACACGCUCGGGUUUCUAAUCGCUCUCAUUCUCUGGUCAUUUGGGUUGGUCUGGCUGUUUUUUGCUUCGGCAUCGAUUGCUCACUGCAAGAAUUUUCCGUUCAAUAUUGGCUGGUGGGGCUUUACGUUCCCCUUAGGAGUAUUUGCAGCUAGUACGGUGCAGAUGGGUACGGAGCUACCAUCUCGGUUCUUCAAUGUCCUUGGAACGAUCCUAUCCGUGUGUGUCGUGGUGCUUUGGGUCAUUGUCAGUAUUGGAACUUUGCGUGGUGUCAUCUCUGGAAAAUUGUUUGUGGCCCCUUGUUUGGCGGAUCUGCGGGUGCCAGAGGAAGACAAGGAUGUCGGGAAGGCCGCAUGA